UAUGGCGAGACUGAAACUGUCGGCGCGACACGGCUUAACACUGAUACUUCAGGAGAAGUGAUCGAUACUUCAGGAGAAGUAAUCAAUACCUCAGGAGAAGUGAUCGAUACAUCAGGAGAAGUGAUCGAUACCUCAGGAGAAGUGAUCGAUACUUCAGGAGAAGUGAUUGAUACUUCAGGAGAAGUGAUCGAUACUUCAAGAGAAGUGAUCGAUACGUCAAGAAAAGUUAUCGAUACGUCAGGAGAAAUGAUCGAUACUUCAGGAGAAGUGAUUGAUACUUCAGGAGAAAUGAUCGAUACUUCAGGAGAAGUGAUCGAUAAUUCAGGAGAAGUGAUCGAUACGCCAGGAGAAGUGAUCGAUACCUCAGGAGAAGACGCCGAUGUUUCAAGUUAUAUCGCUGAUAUUUCAAGAGAAAUAGAUGAUUCCUCAAGAGAGUGCAUUGAGAGUUCAAAAGAAAUCUCCGCCGGUAAUGCAAGAGACUCUACACCGGAAAUUGAUACCACGCAAUUUGAGGACACAAGAGACUCUACACCGGAAAUUGAUACCACGCAAUUGGAGGACACAAGAGACUCUGGCUUCAUACCUUCAGGUAAAACAAUGUUUCAAGCGAUAGCUGAAAAGUUUACCAAAGGUGUAUCUAGUGAUGAUGCCUACGUCCCAGUGAGCUCUAUUGCCAGUGCUCAUGAUCUGAAACUUCUUCAAAUUGUAGUCAAACGCAAAAAACGCCACUUCAUUUUCUGGAACAAAGUGACUUACAAGCCAUACAACUUUGAGCUAAGUGAUGUACUUUUGAAUCCACACACACCUAUGCGUGUUGAUGAAAUAUCGCAGGAAGCCUUCUGUAAGUGGCAUAGAACUAUUAAGUUGUCCCUCGGUGGCAAAUUUGGACUGGCUAUACUGGAUGAGCUCGGUGAUGUAUCAUUAUCAACAUCAGACACCGUCAACAUUGAGGCAAACUUAGGUCAGCUUAAUCUUGUUAAGCUAGAUUCUUCUAGUCUUGAAAGAGAACUUAUAAAAAGGAGAAUAAACUUGUCCCACGUCCUGAUAGAGCAAAUCCGACGGAACAAAAACAGUGUUUUAUGUGUGGUCCAGAGUAUCAUCAAAUUGGCUCAGGAUGCAGAAGUCAGAAGAACAGAUAAAUUUGAUAUCAGCGGUAAUGCCAGUGCCCAUAAUCCGGUUAAUGAAAGCAUUGCUGGCAAUGUCUCUGGGACACUAGAUGAUGAUAUUGUUCGUGAUAUAGGACUCAUAAAGAACCAGCCUAUAUCCUAUAAAGUAUGGGAGCUACAGGUCGACAAGUUUGGUGGGGAGAUAGUUCCUUGUAUAAACAGUGAUAUUUCAGGUGGAUUUAUUGACAGCGAUGACAUUGUAGGCCGUCCUCUUCAGCCAGCAAGUACUAUUGAUUCUGGAAAUACAGAAGGCCUAGAAACAGAUGGUGCUGGCAUUGCUUUACCAAAGCCAGUAGACUCUCCAGAGAAAGUUUACAGAAUUUUGCGACCCUUGCUUUCCAUGCCUGAGAUUGAACGAGGAAAAAUCAAAGAAUUGCUUUUUAAAGCUCCAGCUGAGGAUUUUGAAACUUUGGAUGUCCUUUUUGACCAGGUAGAGAACAGAUUCUCUGAUUCAGGAACCACAGAUACACUUUCAUUUCAAGGAAUCUCAGGCUUAAAAUUCAAAGACCGGACAACUUGCUGUGAUUUUCUUAAACUAGCUGGAUUUGAAUUGGAGGAAGAAAAAAUAACAUCACCUGUAGCACCCACGCCGGAAUUUGAAGCAUGCUGCCAUCUAUUAGAGGCUAUGACAGAACUACCAGAGGAUGUCAUGUUGUUAGUGCGAAGCUGCAAGUCAGAGUUCUGUCGCACUCUGCUCCAUGUGAUUGAAGAGUUCAUGAGGGGAAAGCCAAUGGUAGAGUUUACUCGAUACAUCGAACAGUUGGCUCGGGAUGAAACAGGAAUGAAGAUUUUAAAUGUCCUAAACAUAGAGGUGGACCUGAUAAGAAAGAAUCCUCUGAGGGCUCGCAGCUGGAGAUUCUCUGAUUGUAUAGAUGAAGUUUACUGGUGGCUCUGUGCUGUACUUUUACGGUGACAUCAGAAACAAUGACACUUUGUGACAUCACAGAGGGUUGUAGCCUAGCCAUACUCAACAAAUGAUAAAGGAGACAAGAGAUGUUGGUUCAAAGCCUUAAAGACUGUGCCAUAUCAAAAGUUGAUAUUUAUCUGGAGUUCAAAAAAACAAUUAAUGUUCUUUAGAAUUAGUAUCCUUGUGUCAAAGUGGCUUCAUAGUUUUCAGAAAAGAAAAUAAAGAAACUAUUUUGUCACAGAGUGCAAAUUUGGCCGUCUUGAAUCUGAGUCUACACAUCAAAAACUAGCUUUACAGGAAGUGGGAUAACCUUACUCCCCACACAUGAUAAUUGCUGUGAAAUUCCUUUGAGCUGGGAUUUCAUGAAAUGAGAGUGAUUUUUUCAUCAUGACAAUAUGUAGAGAAAUAUUGAACUGAAAUUUAACAUGAAGUUGUAUUGUUCACACUAAGUCAGCUAUAGAUGAACUUGUUGAUGGACAGGCGGCACAUUGGUGAUACACUUGCCUUUCACUAGAGUUUGAUUCUUGGGAUGAUUGGAAAAGGUAUGUAUUCAUGAACAGACAUGUUGGUUUUCCCUGAAUACUCCAGUGUCCUCCCACAGUAAGACUCCUCUUGCACAUUUCCAUCUGGGCCAUCAAAAGUGAUUAUUAUGUGUUGGAAAAUGUUUUGAAAAUUGUUGUUAAAUAAAGUUUAGAUUAAUAAACCCUUAAGUUUUGGUUACCCAAUCUCCAAUGCAGUUUAAAUAGUAACCAUGCUAAUCAUAAAACAGGAAUUUUAUGAAAAUAAAAAAUUCUCAUUUUUGUUAUUACAUUGUUGUAAUAAUGUUUUGUAAUACAUGGUCCUUUUUCAUGAAUCUUUCUCCACUCAAGGCAUUUUCCUUAACUUUUAAAAUAGCCCAUAAGAAAAGCAUUACAAAAAUUAAGGAAGUUUCCUUAAAUCUAAGUUUACCUUUAAGUUACGUAAUGCUUUCCUGUGGUAAUUAAGAUUUCCUUAAAUUAAGGAAGAUAUGUGGAACUGAUCUGUAUAUUCACUGUCACCAAUAUCUGAAGUUUUGUUGUGCUGAUAAUGAUAAUUGAAGAGCCUGGAAAAGGUCAUUGUAUUAUUGCUAUACUUACAGGAAUCUUGUGAUCAUGAACAUAAAGGUAUUUGUCAUUGGGGCUAAAAGGAGACAGUGUUAUUACAGGACAUUUAAAUAGCAUGGACUUGAUUUUUUGCUGAUUAGCAAUAUACAGACAAACCUGUCUUAAAGGUCACCUUUAUACAAUGUCCACCUGCCUUUGUUGUCAUUGUAAUUGAAGUCAUAGUAAAUUAAAAGUCACCUGUGUAUAAAGGCCACUUUUCUCUGCUCCAUUGAAUGGCCUUUACCACCUGUGUAUAAAGGCCACUUUUCUCUGCUCCAUUGAAAGGCCUUUACCACCUGUGUAUAAAGGCCACUUUUCUCUGCUCCAUUGAAUGGCCUUUACCACCUGUGUAUAAAGGCCACUUUUCUCUGCUCCAUUGAAUGGCCUUUACCACCUGUGUAUAAAGGCCACUUUUCUCUGCUCCAUUGAAUGGCCUUUACCACCUGUGUAUAAAGGCCACUUUUCUCUGCUCCAUUGAAAGGCCUUUACCACCUGUGUAUAAAGGCCACUUUUCUCUACUCCAUUGAAUGGCCUUUACCACCUGUGUAUAAAGGCCAUUUUCUCUGCUCUCUUGAAUGGCUUAUAUAGACAGGUUUGAAUGUGUGUAUAUAUAUAUAUAUAUAUACAUGGGUUGACUUCCUCAUGACAAAUAAUGAAAAAUAAUAGAAAAUUUAUCUGUAAAGGAAUUGAAACCAAUUAAGAAUGGAUACCAAAAUAGCUAGAUAAUUGAUUGGUAGAGUUCCAGAAUGACCUGAUGAUCUCAGAAAUGCAGAUAUCAAGUAUAAUUCUUCAUGUAAAUUUUUACAUAGAGAUAAUUUUUACAACCAGUGACUUUGGAAGUUUUUAAUCAGUGUUUUCCAUAAGAAUUAAAUACAAAAACUGGUGCAAUAUCUAGAUUUAAAAUUAACACAGAUAUAUCUUUUUAAUCAUAUAAUUAUGUGUAUUCAAAUAUUGAUUUGAAAUGGGAACCUGAUUCCCAUUUAUGUGUGAUAUUCGUACAACUAUAUAUGUUCAAAUAUCAGUUUAUUGAAUUCAUUGAAUGGUUCAUACAGUACUUAUUCUAUUUUUUAUAAAACAUGCUGAAUACUGUCAUUAUUUUUUUUAUUUUUUGAUAUCACAUGAAUGGAACAGUGAAAUGUUGUAAACAUAUUUAAUAUGAAACAAUGAAAUUUUAGUUCAUUGACGUUUUCUGCCCAAUUAGUGGAAUAAGUGCAUGCAUCCAUAAAAGUUACUUUAUAAGCAACAUAAGUAACUGCAGUACGUGUAAUCAUAUUUUAGUACAAUACUUUCUGUUCGAGACCGUUAAAAUAUGACAACCGCUGAAAUAUGUAUGGUUACAGAAGGCAAAUGAGGGUUAUGAUAUUUGAAACAAAAUGGCAUCAUGUGAUAUGCUGUUUGAGUUUGUUCAUCAGUACAGAUUUAGACAUCAUUUUUAUAUGUCGCCGGAGGCGGUCGUAUAUUGGCAUCAUCUUCUCCUUCCGUACGUCCAUUUCUUGUGAAAGCAACUCCUCCUAAACUAGUCAUUAGAUUUUCAUGAAACUUGCCCAAUGUCACUACUACAAUGGGUAGAUGUGCAUGAUGGGGCUAUUUUUCGGUUCUUUGAUUUUUGUAAGAUUUAUGCCAUUUUCGACUUUGUAUCUGUAGCUUGCUCAUAGUGGAGCCUUGUGAAUGCAACUCCUCCUAAACUAAUCAUCAGAUUUUCAUGAAACUUGCUCAAUGUCACAACUACAAGGGGUAGAUGUGCAUGAAGGGGCGAUUUUUGUAAGAUUAUUAUAUUUUGUGGCGGCAUAUAUUGUGUCCACGGCACUCUUGUUGGGGGAUUUUGUGAUGGUGUAGAAAUAGUUAAAAAGCUGUACCUAUUUUUAACUACAUGUAUGUGAAAUGUCCAGAAAUGAGGUGGAGACAGUCAAGGAAACAAAUGUAAAAUUGUCUCCUGUCAUGAUUGGCAGAAUUAUGUCACAUGAUAUUUGCAAGAUAUAUAUAUUCAGUAAGAAAUGAAAUGUUAAAUGCUUUUUUUUUUUAUUGUUACCAAAUAUACACAUUGUUACUUAAAUAAGAAUUAAUUAUAAAGACUUCUACACAACACGUAUUUGUAUUUGUAUCAUGGUCAAUUAGCAUUUCACAGUGACACACCAGGAAUGGCUCAGUCACAAAACAAAUGAAAUUCACAUGUCUAUGAGGAAAUCAUUUUUGUCCAAUUUUACUGUCACAAAAAUUAAUGCCAAGACAUCGAAACUUUCAUUAAAAAAUACACAAUUUUAUCUGUAUUACAGUUAUCUUAUAUGGGCCCUUUUCCAUGGAUGAUUGACAGAAUUCAGGAUUUUUACUUUGAGCUUUUUAUAAGAGACCAUGAUGCAGGUAACUCAAAUGGCAUCUUAGUCAGAUGGAAACCUGAUUGUAUUAAUAUCUUUUUUAUAAAUUCUAUUUUCAACACUUUUUAUGUUUAUGCUACAAAAAUUUCUCAUACACAUUCGUCAUGUCAAAAUAAACUUUAAUUCAUAGGUAGGUGUUGGACCGGAACCCUUGGUAAUAGAAGAUGAAAAUUUACAUCAAAAUAUAUGAAGUCCUUUCUUGUCAAAUGACAUAAAAAAUGUAUAGUCAUGACCUUCAAGAUCAAGGGUAUCGCUCUGUGUUGCAGUGGGGUCGCCUGCUUCUCCUUAUAACCUUCAAGGUUGCCUGGUGGUUGUGUCAGCUUUUGAGCUUGCCCGGGGAUCGCCCCACUUUCACUUUAUUGUGUUUUAAGUAAUUUUGCUUAUUUGUAAUUAGAUAGGUUUUUGUAUCUUUUGCUUUGUGCCAGUUUAUAUCGUUUUUUGUAAUUUCAGUAGGAGGGUUAGAUAGUAAGCAGCCCCUACGAUUACCAAAACCUUGUUUAGAUUAUUUAUUUCUAUGUCCUGAACAAGGUAAAGUUCAAAUUUUGAUAUUUAAUAAAUUUUCAUUUUCUCUGUCAACUGCUGUUUGUGUCAUGUAUAAAGGUAGCAGUACAGUUUCGCGGUGUGGCCAUGGGUGAUUUUUUUUGCUCAUCAGAUUACCCCAUUAUAAAGGCUUUAAUUAAAAUCUAAAAAAUAAAUCCUUGCUAAAAUUGGUCUUGUCAAUGUUGAAGUGGACAAAGUGGGGUUUCCUUUUUUUCAGAAUAAUAUUUUAGCUUUGUGUUAGAGAUUACUCUUUGAGCAGUCUCAAAUCUGUGUCUACAUAUUAAAAACUAGCUUUACAGGAAGUGAAAUUUUCAUAGUGUUUAGAUGAACAUGUUGUGAAGGAUUUCGGAGUUGGAAUUUGCUGAAAUGUUAGUAGUUUGUUACCAUGAAAGAGUUGUUGAUUUUAAGACAGGUGUUCAGAAAUAAAUUUCUUGCAUAAAGUUGUAAUGUUAGGUUGAAAUUAGCAGUAUUUUUGCAUUUUUAGCAUUUUUUCAGUUGGUAACCAUAGCAAUCACAUGUCAGAAAUCAGAGGAAAUUUUUGAUUUUCGCAAAUUUUAUCUCUCUACUAUUAAUGUAACUGUUAUGUAUGUAAUUCAUAAAUAAAUAUACAUGUAAUGAUGUAUUUUUCAUAACCAAACUGCUUUACCUGUAUAUCUCAAACAUGACCCAAUAACUUCAGGAAAAAUGCAAAUUAACUGUUUCCUGCUACCUAAUGGGUCAUCAAGUUAAAAAGCCCUUCUGAUGAAUUCUAUUGUAUAAUUAUGACAUCAGUAGGUAUUUUAUAAAGAUGGGCUAUGUUGUUUGAACAUUAUACUGACUAUAUAAGAUUAUUAAAAAUAUUAAAUUUGAAACUUUUAAAUAUUGAUCCAAAGUAUCAUAAUAUCAGGUAAUUCUAGCAUUUUUCAUAAUUUGAGCAGGUUAAGACCUUGUCAGUAUCAGGCUGACCUGAUGAAAUCAGAUAUGUUGCUGACAUCUAUUUCGUUUGGGUGGUCGAUUUGGGAUUGCGGGAUUUGUGUGCAGAAUGUCAUUGACUUGGUAUCAGAUAUUUUACAGUGAAUGUGAUUAGAGAUUGAAGUGAUGAUCAGCCUUCUGUUUUCUGGUGUCGUUAAGAUGUUCAGGGACACAGAAAUGCGAAUUAAUAUUAUCGUUAUGUACAGAUCUGCCAUUAUUGCGUUGUAUUCAUGAUUUUGAACCAGAAGGCUGUACAUCUGAUGCAUAGAGUAUAAGACGGAAGCCAUUUUUCUACACAUUAUAUAUAGCGACACGAGACAUCACUUGUUCAGUGUCAAGCUAGUCUAUAUCUUGAAAUUAGUACAUGACACUGAAUUACUAAUGUUUGGUGUGCAUAGUUUAUCUGUAGUUCUGAAAACCUGAAAAGGGUGUUUCUAACUUUUGCAUGAGAACAAUAAUAAACUGUUUAAAAGUACA